AGCUGGAACCAAUCGCGCGGCGCCUGCGGCCGGCGGCGCGGUCAGUGGCGACUCCGAGGAUAGUGGUUACCGCCAUGAUCGAGCAGCCGAAGCGCAAAGGCCCGGAGCUACCACUGGUUCCUGUCAAGCGACCGCGGCAUGAGUUGCUGUUGGGAGCGACGGGGUCCGGCCCCGGAGCCGGACAGCAGCAGGCGACUCCGGGAGCUUUGCUACAAGCGGGACCUCCGAGGUGUUCAUCCCUACAAGCCCCAAUCAUGCUGCUCUCGGGACACGAAGGAGAAGUGUAUUGCUGCAAGUUUCACCCUAAUGGAUCCACCUUGGCGUCGUCAGGAUUUGACCGACUCAUAUUAUUGUGGAACGUCUAUGGUGACUGUGAUAACUACGCUACAUUGAAGGGACACAGUGGCGCAGUGAUGGAACUGCAUUAUAACACGGAUGGCAGCAUGCUCUUCUCAGCAUCGACAGAUAAGACAGUGGCUGUGUGGGAUAGUGAAACAGGCGAGAGGGUGAAAAGGCUGAAGGGACAUACGUCGUUUGUGAACUCCUGCUAUCCAGCCCGGCGGGGCCCCCAGCUUGUCUGCACUGGCAGCGACGAUGGCACAGUUAAGCUCUGGGACAUCCGCAAGAAAGCAGCUAUCCAGACAUUUCAGAACACUUACCAGGUGUUGGCUGUGACCUUCAAUGACACAAGCGAUCAGAUUAUCUCUGGUGGAAUAGACAAUGAUAUCAAGGUUUGGGACCUGCGUCAAAACAAAUUAACCUACACCAUGAGAGGCCAUGCAGAUUCUGUAACUGGCUUGAGUUUAAGUUCUGAGGGAUCUUAUCUCUUGUCCAAUGCAAUGGACAAUACAGUGCGUGUCUGGGAUGUCCGGCCCUUUGCUCCCAAAGAAAGAUGUGUGAAGAUAUUUCAAGGAAAUGUGCACAACUUUGAGAAGAACCUCCUGCGGUGUUCUUGGUCACCUGAUGGAAGCAAGAUAGCCGCAGGCUCAGCGGACAGGUUUGUGUACGUGUGGGACACCACGAGCAGGAGGAUCCUGUAUAAGCUGCCUGGCCAUGCUGGCUCCAUCAAUGAAGUGGCGUUCCAUCCCGAUGAGCCUAUCAUCCUCUCAGCAUCCAGUGACAAGAGGCUGUAUAUGGGUGAGAUUCAGUGAAGAUGUGGGAAGGUCACCCGGCUGCGUGACCUGAGGCUCAUGCUACAUUAUGGCCAGAGUCAUAUGGUGUCCAAGCUGACCUGCCUUCAGAUGACCAUCACUAGCAAGCAGCUGGAGGUGAUGGCCGUACUCCAGCAACCACUUGUACCCCAUUUACAGAACAGCUGUGGCCUCUGGUACCACCUGCCACAUUUCAGGGAUUGGUUUCUUUUUAAAAAAAAAAAUAAUAACAAUAAGAUUUCUUCAGAGGGACAAACAUUGGUUUGAGGUCUCCUGUUUUUUAACCUAUGCUGGAGACAAGGAAUGUCAGUUGAAAAUUGUUGAAUUUGUUCUCUGUUUAUUUUAAAUUGAGUAACUGGCUUGUAUGAUAUUUUUCUUUCUUGUUUGAGUCAUUUUGUAUUAAAAAUCCAAACAGAUAACCUUUUUACAAGAA